GGGAACUACUCAAUACGAAAUUUGCCUCUUCAAUUAAACACAUUUCAUCCAUCCUUGCCAAGAUUUUACGGCAACCUAAGAAAAAUUUCCAAAUUGAAAAUUAACAAUUCGCGCUUUAAAUACUAAAGUGUGAUUUUGUGAACUUAACGAAAGCCACAUAGAUAAUUAAUACUAUUUGAAGAAUAAAAACGCUCAUAACGUCGUUGCAAAGUGAAUCAGUGAAGUGAGAAUGCUUAAAAAUUAAGAUCCGACUUAGUAGUACUAUUGCGGUAUAUACACGUAUAAUCUUACCUUUAUGCAUCUACAUAACUAACUUUUAAUAUCCUGGACUUGUAAAUGAUUAACAUUAGUGUGAAAUUUCAUUGUGGAGUAGUGGAAUUAUCGAGUGCCUAAUUGAAUCAUCACAUAAUUGUCGUGAAGGAGUACGAGUUAAUUCGUCGAAGAGUUAGAAAACGAUUCCCCAUUUUACAUAUAUACAAAUUUGUGGAAAGUAAGCAAGAAAGAGUGAAAAUAGUUGGAAAAGAGGGAGCGAAAAAGUAUCUCGCCCUUGUCAGAUUGUGUAUUGAAUAGUGUCGUGUUGCUUGUUCGUACUUUUGAUUUAGUCAGUCGUCGGCUAUUUUUCAUUCGUGCGGUUGUCUUCUGAGUUGAAUCGGUAUUUUGUGCCUACAAUAUUAAUUCCAAUUUGCAUAACUAAAUAGAAAAAUAUACACAUAAAUUUAGUAUUUUCUUUCAAUUAUCAAAAACGAGAAAAUACUUAAAUACCUAUUAAUUUUUUUUUUAAUCGUGUCAAUAAAAAGCCGUCAAAAUUGAAUCCACGAAGAUUGACGAGACUUUUUCCUCUUCUUCGACUGCGAUGGAGGAUAAAGCAACAACAAAAGAUCUGGAUCAAUGGAUUGAGCAGUUGAACGAAUGUAAUCAGUUGACGGAGACACAAGUGCGAACCUUGUGUGAUAAGGCGAAGGAGAUCCUAUCAAAGGAAUCAAAUGUGCAGGAGGUGAAAUGUCCCGUAACAGUGUGUGGCGAUGUACACGGUCAGUUUCAUGACUUGAUGGAACUGUUUCGGAUAGGCGGAAAAUCUCCCGAUACUAAUUACUUGUUUAUGGGCGAUUACGUUGACCGUGGUUACUAUUCGGUGGAAACUGUCACUUUGCUGGUAGCACUAAAGGUGCGUUAUAGGGAAAGAAUUACAAUUCUCCGAGGUAAUCAUGAGUCCCGACAAAUUACGCAAGUUUAUGGAUUCUACGAUGAGUGCCUACGAAAGUACGGCAACGCAAAUGUUUGGAAAUACUUUACUGAUUUAUUUGACUAUCUACCGCUAACGGCACUAGUCGAUGGACAGAUAUUUUGCUUGCACGGAGGCCUCAGUCCAUCGAUCGAUAGUUUAGAUCAUAUACGUGCUUUGGACCGACUCCAAGAGGUGCCACAUGAGGGUCCAAUGUGCGAUUUAUUAUGGUCCGAUCCUGAUGAUAGGGGCGGUUGGGGUAUUUCACCUCGUGGUGCCGGCUACACAUUUGGUCAGGACAUUUCGGAGACUUUCAAUAACACAAAUGGUCUAACUCUGGUAUCACGAGCUCAUCAGUUAGUCAUGGAAGGAUAUAAUUGGUGCCAUGACCGAAAUGUUGUUACAAUAUUUUCAGCGCCAAAUUAUUGUUAUCGCUGUGGUAAUCAAGCGGCUCUAAUGGAAUUAGAUGAUUCACUUAAAUUUUCAUUCCUACAAUUUGACCCAGCACCUCGUCGUGGUGAACCUCAUGUUACACGGAGAACCCCAGAUUAUUUCCUAUAAGAGAAUUUUUCACACAUUUACAAACAUUAUACAUACAUUUAUAUAAUUGCGAAAACAAAAAGAACAGCAGAAAAAGUAUCAAACGCAAAAUUAUUUAUAAAAAUCUAAUCCAACCGUAAGGAAAAAAGGAAAUAAUAAAAAUAAGUAAAACCAAUAUAGUUGAAGUAAUGAAAUAUAUCUGAGGAUAACACCAGAGCAUACAUAGUAGAUGUUAGCAGCAAUAAUUAUCGACGAAUGACGGCUGCAAUUGGCAACUUAUUAACAGUACUAAUCGCAGGAUAUCUUAAGUACAGCUAAAGAAAAAACAAACGUAUAAAUGAAUGUAUGUUAAAUAUUAGGCAUUAGUUUAAGGCUUGCAAAAAAGAGGCAGCCAAAA